AUGCCCCGUGCUGGCGGCAAACCCAAGAGUGGCAGUCCAACUGCUCGGAAUGUCCCUACCGUUCAGUCCACGAACGACACUACUCACUACUUCAUCGGCGCCCCUCAGCGGUCGUGGAUGAACAGCGCAACCGAUCAUUCCUCUUCCUCCACCUCCACAGUCGCACGGCCUACUUCUAAAAGAAGCAACACGAUUUCCGAACGACCUCGAUCAGGUGUAUCUAAUGGCAUUUUGGUGACUACAGCCUCUAAAGAUGCAGCCGCUGGGCAUGUCGAAGCAAACUUCGACAGUCUCCCAACCUCCAAUGAGAUUUCCUCGUUGCCUACCAAUAUCGGUGCGAUACAAAGAGAAAGACAACAGAUACAAGCAGGAGAAAGCACGGUACACAUCCAGGCUGGCCCAGGUCCUGGAAUGAACAACGCAAGUGAAAGUGCGAGUGCAAAUGCAAAUGCAAAUGUAAAUGCUCAUCCUGAAGCACAACCACCACAGCAAGCAGCUCAGGUUCCGUCGCCACCGAGCAACACCCAACCCGAUCAGCCUCUGAGAUUUGAAGAACCACACAAAGGUCUUGAGCACAAUCCUGCACAUGCGUUGUCACAACAGUCUCCGCCUGCGGAUCAUACGGACAUUCUUCCCUCGUCUAUCCAGAGUCUCCAGACACACAGAAAGCGUCCUUCUGACGCCGAGCCAGACUCUAGGCGAGGAAAACGAAUGAUGAACGACCAAAUUGCUGGACCUGCCCAGCUUCCCACUCCUCACAGUUCCCCAACAGUUUCGACAAUAAACGCCCUGAUCACGCGGCUCGAUUUGGCCAUACGGGCUCUUAACCGCCCUUUCAAUCUGGUCUCCCCGUCCAAUCUCGAUGAACAUAGGCUGUCAACGCUACGCGAGGCUUGCCUGAAGAACGAUGUUUUCUUCGUCUUUACUCAUUUGAUCUAUUGCAAUUGGUCUGCUGGUCAACAUACGGAAUUGGUCGACCUCACCUUGACUCGGGAGCACUCCGUCGGCAUGCAGAUACUUUCCACAAUUCUGGGGUCGAACUACCAGCUCUCUUGGGGAGUGAACCAAUUGCUUUGCAACUUCCCAAGCACAGCACAUGUCUACAUAAGGGAGUGGCUCCGUGAUCGCGAAAAAGUGGGAUUCGACCUUCCCAAGAAUAUGAAGACCUUCUUGAGCUGGUUGGCCACGGGUUAUGAACAGGUCAAACACAACUUCGUGCAUCUAGCCAUACCGCCGAUCCCUCUUGAUCUGCAGUUGCAGCUGCUGCUCCCUUCCAAAGUCCUGCUGGGUGCAAUCUUCCGCAGCAUUAUCCGUCAUGGGGUCACAGACGAGAACUACGUCAAGAGGGCUUGGAUCUUCUUCCAAGGGCUCAUGGAUCUCCCCAAUAACCAUUCGAUGGCACGACCCGAUUCGGCCCAUGCGAGCGCCGAACGCGCCACAGUGGCUGAUAUGUUCCGGGCGUAUCAGUCUGUAUUCGACGAAUACUACGCCGCAGAGGCAAACCGGAGGGUAUAUCAAGACUCGCAAGCAGUUGGACAUCAAACCUGGAUGAUCCCUCCAGCUUUGCCGGGUCAGCGCGCAGUAGCGGGUGGGGGAGCAGUCCAUGUCUUGUCCUCAACCCCAUUAAGAGCACCUGGACAGCCACGGCAAUUUGUCAGUCAGGCACAACAGCCGCAGAUGAUACCCCAGACCACCAUGUAUCCUGGUUCAGGGGGUCAGAAAGCCUCGAUCCAGCCCGACUUUCCAUCCACACUGAUAGGUCAGCGUCCAAUUCAGUCAGGUUUUGUUCCGAAUCCACCAAGAUCUCGUGGUGCUCGAGCUCCGCUCCCUCUCGGCCGUGGAGUGGCAGCACAAUCCGUAGGCCUGCCUCAUUCUGCUUCGCGAGUCUCGUUGCAGCAAUCUGCUGCCAUUGGUCAACCACAGCCCACAGCAGUCCAGCGCGUACAAAGUGUUCGGCGUGCUCAGGCGACCAUACCAGCGCAGGUUUUGCCCACACAAGCGGUCCCAUCCCCACAGACGCCAAACGCGUCGCGGUCACCGGCUCCAGCUCUGUUCCCUCCUGCGCAAUUUGUUUUACCGACUCUUGCGCGUCCAGAUCCAGACAAACACGCCCUGCACCAAGCGCAUCUUCGCAGCCCCAAAUACAACAAGAUUGCCUACCUCGGAGGCACGUCCGACUCGCGAUACUACCAGCAUGUUGUGGAUAUCGUCAGAAUGCCUCAAACCAUCAGCGCCAACUCUGACUUGGUACAAUGGAUUGCGCAUAUUGACCCCUACCUCUGGGACUCGAAGGCCAAGACUUUGAAACCGUCAGGCGAGUUUUUGACUCGACGCCGCAGUAUCUGGAAUGGCUGUGUACAGUUCAGACUGAAGUGUGUUGCCGUUGACGAGGGACCAGGCACAUCAAGUCUGACAUUAUCAGAGUUCUGCGUUCAAAGCACCAAAUGGCCACAGUACCUCGCUGUCUCUAUCAACGGUGACAUGGGAGUCGACUUUCGACGCAAGGCACAUCACGGUACAGAUAUACCGACGGAUGUUACAGACCUGCUGAGGGCAGGCGAUAACGAAGUCUCCAUCGCCAUCAGCUCGACUUCUGCAGGGCCACAGCAGACUUAUCUGAUGGCGAUUGAGGUCGUCGUGGUCUCCGAUCGUGAACACCUCCUUGGGUUUGUUGGUCGAAGCGCGCCACAAGAAUCGCUAUCUAGCAUAGUUGCGGCGCUGAAAGGCCAGAAAGAUGGCAACACCAACGACGAUGACGAAGAUAUCAUCAUCGCGCAACCCGUCUUGAGUAUUGACCUUGUGGACCCCUUCACGUCAGUCAUGUGGGUGACACCGGUGCGCGGCAAGGAGUGUCAACAUCGCGAGUGUUUCGACCUGGAUUCAUUCCUCCUGAGUCGCACAUGCCGUGACCCGGGAAGUGGCGUGACAAAUCCCGACCUGUGGAAGUGUCCCAUCUGCAACAAAGACGCUCGCCCUCUGAUGUUGACAAUCGACCGCUUCCUGCUCGAGGUCCGCAAGACGCUGGAGCAGCGCAAUCAAGUUGAAGGUGCCAGGGCGAUCCUGGUCAAGGAAGACGGGUCCUGGGAAGUCAAGCUGAGCCCGGACCGAGCUGUUUCGGUUGCUGCGUCUUCAUCCUCGGGUCCAUCAGACACUUCUGCCACGCAGACCCCUGCACCAACGUCGGGUGUCCGUCAGGAAGAUCAGCCAACUGGCAAGUCCCAAGAUUCACCAGCCGCGGCGAAGCACGCGACAACUCCUUCGGCAUCAAAGGACCUGACACCAAUCAUUGUUCUCGACGACGGAGAUGAGGACGAAAAUGGCGGCGAUGAUGCUGUCCUAUGA